CAGCUGGGCUCACUCCGUACAUAAGGAGUGUCCUGGUUAUUGACCACAACAAGUGCACUCAAAGGGCGGCAGCGCUGUGAACCUCUGACACUGCAUGAGCUGUACAGGUUUUUCAGAAUGAAACUACUUAUCCUUGCUUCUCUGGUGGCGUUUUUAGUGGUAACGGAAGCAGGCUCUUAUAGAAAGUCUCGCUCUAGACGUGAACUGGCUCCAGGACUUCACCUCCAUGGAAUAAGAGAUGCAAGUGGCUCAUACUGCCAGAAAAGGGAUAGCUGUUGCCCUGGUAGAGAUGACAUCUGUACGGUUCCAUAUUUGGAUACUAUCUGCUACUGCGAUCUGUUCUGUAACAGAACAGUGUCUGACUGCUGCCCUGACUUCUGGCAAUACUGCCUAGGCAUUGAACCACCAAGCAUUGUUCAAAAAGCUUGUGUUCGCAAUGGUCAGCAUUACCCAAAAGGAGCAACUUACCUUGAAAACUGCAACCUCUGUACUUGUGCCAAUGAAGGAAGAUGGCAUUGCGAGCAGAAUCCAUGUCUUAUCAAUGCAAAGGCCAUUGAAGCCAUAAACACAGGAGAUUAUAGUUGGACUGCUGGAAAUUAUAGUCAGUUCUGGGGCAUGACCUUGGAUGAAGGGAUUCAGUAUCGCUUGGGGACUGCAAAGCCUUCUUCUUCUGUCAUGAACAUGAAUGAGAUACACGUAAACAUGAACAAUGACAUUCUGCCUUCCCACUUCAAUGCAGCAGAAAAGUGGCCAGGACUGGUGCAUGAACCGCUGGAUCAAGGAAACUGUGCAGGCUCCUGGGCUUUCUCCACUGCUGCCGUUGCAUCUGACAGAAUUUCCAUCCAGUCAAUGGGGCACAUGACGCAAUCCCUGUCCCCUCAGAAUCUGCUAUCCUGUGACACCAGAAAUCAGCACGGCUGCAGAGGGGGACGAGUGGAUGGAGCCUGGUGGUAUCUGCGAAGAAGAGGAGUUGUCUCAGAGCCAUGUUAUCCAUUCACUAGUCUGAAUACAAAUGGACAUUCAGCCCCUUGCAUGAUGCAAAGUCGCUCCAUGGGAAGAGGGAAACGACAGGCCACCAAUAAUUGCCCCAACCAAUACUAUUCAUCCAAUGAAAUCUACCAGUCGACACCAGCAUACCGACUGGCAUCUAGUGAAAAAGAUAUCAUGAAGGAACUGUAUGAAAAUGGACCUGUGCAAGCAAUAAUGGAAGUACACGAAGAUUUCUUUAUGUACAAGAGUGGAAUUUACAGACGCACUCCAGUGACAGAGAGGGAACCAGAGCAUCACCGCCGACAUGGGACACACUCUGUAAAGAUUACUGGAUGGGGCGAGGAAAGAGGAAGAGAUGGACAGACACAUAAAUACUGGCUGGCUGCCAAUUCCUGGGGUAGAGACUGGGGAGAGGAUGGAUAUUUCCGCAUCGCUCGAGGUGAAAACGAGUGUGAGAUUGAAACCUUCAUUGUUGGAGUAUGGGGCAGAGUCAGUAUGGAAGAUGUUGCCCGCAAAAAGUAAUGGCUUUCCCUGGACUCUAUGUAUUUAUAAUAUGAAUGGCUUUGGGGAACCCAACCCCUUGCAUUUGGAUUCUGAUAUUUUUAUAGACUUUUAAAUGACAUUGUGAGGCCUUGGAAAUCUUUGGACAUACAUGUUUCUUGCAGUGAAUAUAAGUAAAAAUGCCAAGGGCAGCAGGAGGAAGGCAUGGAAGUUUGAUCUCUUAUAUGGGGACUGAGUAAAGGUUUUCUGUUCUCUGUAAAAGGAUCAUUGUAUAACAUAAAAAAACAACUGCAAUACGGUCAGCACCACAUGCCAUGCCCUCACAAAUCAGCAUUCACUUCAAAGAUGGUUUAACAUAUCCCAGACUAAAAUAAAAACUAAGCUACCCUCUCCGUGGCACAACAAGAGAGUGCCUAUGUGUAAUCAAGCUCACCAUGUUGUGCUGACGCAUGGAGAUUCACAUGGGGUUUCAAUGGGAUAAUAGUGCACAUAAUCCUAUAAUCUCUGUAGGGAUCAGAAACAUAUUGUUUGGUGCUAUGAGCAAAGGAUGCUCAGUCCUGUGAACCUGUCAAAGGCAGGCAUUCUCUGCCAGACCCAAAGCUAUAGGAGCGUAAAAUGAGUGCUAUUGUGAUGGGGAGGGAGGACACCCAUUAAAAGAGUAGUCCUACCCCCAAAAUGUGUUUAUAUGGUUUUUAGACAGAAUUUGAAGAGUGUGAAAUGAGAUAAUAAUCUCUUGACCAAAAUGAUUUAUAAUAUAUAAUUUUAGAAAUAUAUAAUUUUCUUACUUAUGAAAAAAAAUGAUUCUAUUUUAUGUGUGGUCUUCUAUUAUACUCCCUGUAAUGUGAUGUAUUUGCAAGCAUGUAGCUCUUCCUGCAGAACAUCUGGCAGCUGUACCAUAACCCUGUACCCUUACAUUACAAUGCACACAGCAAUAUAUUAUGGCAGGUGUUUCCUAACGUUUUACAUAGGUGCUAAACUAAAGAAAAGAUUUACAGAUCUACUAUUCUCAUUCUAUGCAAGAAUCUCUGUUUCUCUUGAUACACAUGCAGAAUCCUACAUCCUAUAGUAAUAUAAGGCAACAGAGCAUGAGCUGAAUUUUAUAAUACAUGAUCUUAAAUGUCACUAAAUACUAGUUUGAAGGAGAUGUGACAUUCAUAUGUUGCAAACACCAACAUUUUAUUAAUAGUGUGUAAAGAAAUCUUUCAAUGAGAAUACCAGUAUAAAUCUGGUGUUAUGUUUUUGGCAUCUGCAACUGGAGUCGGAAGCUUUAAUGUUAAGAGCAGCUAAACAACUAAACGGCAGUAUGUCCCGCUCCCCCCAACAGCGUAAUAUCAUGAAAUUACACAAUCACAGUAUGUAAGAUAACAUGGCUGGCAUUGUGCUGGGAAGCAACUUUCUCAUUGGUGAACUUUCUUGCAUUACAUGUUUGAGCAGCUAUUCUAGGGGGUGCAGCGGAACACUUUGGAGGGUUUCAUAUUAUAACCCCUUUAUUUAUCUUACAAUAUUACACAAUUUCUCAGUAUUUUGAGUAUUCCUUAAAGCAGGGAUCCCCAACCUUUUAUAACCGUAAGACACAUUCAGAUGGAAAAACAGUUGGAGAGCAACACAAGCAUAAAAAAUGUUCCUGGAGAUGCCAAUGAGAGCUAAAAUUGGCUAUUUGAUAUCCCCUAUGUUGACUGGAAGUCAGAAGGCUCUGUUUGGCAAUUACACUGGGAAGUUAAAACUUGCCUCCUAACCAGAAAUUUAAACAAAGCAUCUGCUUUGAGGCCACUGGGAGCAACAUCCAAAGGGUUGACGAGCAACAUGUUGCUCAUGAGCCACCGGUUGGGGAUCACUGCCUUAAAGGGACACUAAACCCAACAGUAAAUCUGUUCUACUGCACCCACUAGUUCUCUAUUGAAGUUGGCAAAAAACGUAAAUACACAUCUGUAAUUACUCAUGGAAAACAAUACACCAAUGAAAAUUCUACGUAACAAAAAACUUAAUUACAGAUAUCAGAUAAUAAUGAUUAUGAAGUCAUUUACAUGCAAUUAUAUUACACUGGAAUCAGACAUGGGGGUAAAGGAUAGAUUAGUUCUGUGCUAGAUCUCUGCUAACACAGGCGACAAACUGCUUCAAUAAGGCUUUUCACCAGAAACAAAAGGACUUGCCGGUGGAAGCCCUUCGUAUCGCUUUGGUAAUCUUAAGUCGCGCAAAGUUUCCUCCUGCAGGCAACUUCACGCAACUAUGGAAAAGGAAGCAAUGCGAAGGGCUUUCUACUCGCAACUCUUAUUGCUGCCGGUGGAAAGCCUUUUUGUGCCAGUUUGUUGUCCGCGAUACAUCUCUGCUGCCUGCAGGAGGAAACUUUGUGCGACUUUAGAAUAUCGAAGCGAUGCAAACGGCUUUCCACCAGUGACUAGCAGAGAUCUAUCGUGGGCGACUUAUCCACUCCGUGGGUUCUUACCCUUAAGCUUCCGACUCCACUUGCAAGAACAAAGAAAAUUAAGCCAGUUUUACACAUUGGAGAAUUAUUUUGCAUUUUAUUGAACAAUAUUGCUUUAAAAAUACAAUUUUGACAUUGCUGGACUACAGCUCCCAGAAUGCCUUAUACUUGAUAAUGUUAAAGUAUGCUGGGAUUUGAGGUCCAACAAUAAUUAAAGUGUGAGUAAAGUGUGAUUGAGCAGUGGAAUACAGUAGAAUUCAGCAUCCUUUAAUUUAUAAUUUGUUCAGGCAAGUUAACCCAAAAUGCACUGCCAAAUUGAUAGACUGUAGUCACAUACAAUUAUAUACGGUAACUCCAAUGUAUCCAUGUUUUUAGUUUUAGUCCAGAAGCCUUGUUUCACAGAAAGUAAAGCUUUUUGAAUCAUCCCCUUUAAUUACUCUCCUGGAAAAGAGGAUUGUAUCCCAUAUCCAGAGGAAUGCAAUUAUUAUGCUAUAAUUUUUUUUGAUAUUAUGUAGUGUUACAGCAGUUAAUCUGGACAAAAUUACAUAUUGAAAUAUUUAAACAAAGUCAUGGUGUCCAUUUCUCUAAAGGUUGCUUGGGGACAAAAUUUAUGGCACAGACUAGAUAAGGCAGCUCCAUUAUACCUUACUUGUAACAAAUCAUUUAAGGUACAUUUACACCAGCCAAGAUACCAAACAAACACAUUGAGCAGUGCACACAUUCAUACUUGUUCAUGUACUAACCUUGCUUUCAGGGCCCAUGUGUAGGCAAGACAAGUGCUUGUAUGUGUUUGCCUUGUGUCUCAGAGAGAAUAAACACAAUACACACUGCUGUAUUGUAUUGUAUUGUAUUGUGUAGCAGUAACAUUCUUUCUGCUGGACAAGGAUUGGAAUAGUACCCAGAAAACUGAUGGGACAUCAUUGAGAAAUGCUGCUUACAAUGGAGUUGUUAAAAUCAAAUGUUUGGGUCAGAAUGUAUAUUAUAGCAACAAUGACUGCGGGCUCCAUCCAAUAAGUUUUCACAGCCCAUACCCCUAUACACUGAGGCCCAUCUCAUGGGUCUAUCCCUGCUCCUGGGGUCAGCACGCACAGAGGGAUAUUUGUGUGACAUAUCUGCGCACUGAUCUGUGAAAUAUCAGCCUUGGCUCAUAUACAAACACAGUUCCUUUUAUGUGUAAUCUCUGUGUAUGGUGUUAAAAACUCCUGAGGGCUGUAUGCCCUGUGAUUUCCAGCUCCCCCACUCUAUUGUGCCGCAUUGCAGUCACAUAAUAAAGAGCUGGAAUUCUUUGCUCUGUUCGAAGCAUUUUGCCCUUUUGGCCACAAAUAAAGCAGUAAGUCUUGUUAAGCAAGCUUGGAAGGCACCCAGAUUUGUCUCAUGAUUAUGCCCAUUUGACUGACAGAAAAGGAGUCAGUAUAAAGAAUAUGGGGACCAGAUGUAGCCACCAGUCUAACAGCCCAUAGCACUAGAGAGCCUAAUCCUUCUAAUGAAGGUUAGGUAACCACAUUCCUGAAGUACUGCUUUUUACAAGUAAACCGUGGAGCUUAACUUUUAUUUCUAUAGCAGGAUUGUUUAUGUGACAGCCUGUUGUACUAUACCACGCAACAUGAAAUGACCAUUUUGUUAUCUCUUGCAGUGAAAACAAGUUUGCAUGUUUUUAUUGCUAGCACUACUGGCGCCAUGAAGUAUGCCAUCAGCACACACAAACAAUGCAUGGAAGUUACCCAUUUUGGGAGGACAUACUUAUUCUUAAUUAUUAUUGCCUUUCAACAGAAAAUUAUCUGAUAAAAUAUUGUAGAAGAAAUUUCCUGUCCUGCCUUUAAAGGGGUUGUUCAGCUUUAAAUUAACUUUCAGUAUGAUGUAUAGAGUGAUAUUCUGAGACAAUCUGCAAUUGGUCUUCAUUUGUUAUUACGUGUAUUUUUUUAAUUAUUCAGAAGCUGUCCGGUUUGGCAUUUUAGCAGCUAUCUGGUUGCUAGGGUACAAUUUACCCUAGCAACCAAGCAGUGGUAUGAGUGAGACAUUUGAAUAUGAAUAGGUCUGAAUAGAAAGGUAAGUAAUACAAUAUAACAAUAACAUUGUAGCUUCAUAGAUCAACUGUGUUUUGGCUUCUGGGGCCAGUGACCCCCAUUUAAAACCUGAACAGAGUUGGAAUAAGAAUGAAAAUAAUUCCAAAAUUAUAAAAAAUAAGGACAAAUUGAAAGGUUGCUAAGAAUUGCUCAUUCUAUAACAUACUAAAAGUUAAUUUGAAGGUGAACUAUCCCUUUCAACUGUGACCUGGUUGUCAGGGUCCCAAAGUCCCUAGCAACCAGACAGUGUUUUGAAUGACAAACUAGCAGACGAAUAUCAGAGAAAUGAAAUAGAAAACUGAGAGCUAAUUACUAAUAAUAUAGUCUGUUAUGACAACAAAUCUGCUUGCUGUUAGUCAGGAUACUCAAGGAUAUAUUUAAGUCUACUGGGUCACAAUAUACAGAGGCAUUUAAUUAAUAGCUGUCUAAAAUAUUCUAAGAUACAAGCUCCUGUUACUUCACUGUAAAAUAUAUGAUUUAUCCGAUAAAGUAUUUUAUUUAAAUAA